CCAAGCCAUAUAAUAACCCCACAAAUCCCUCCAUUUUCACCACUAAUCUGCACAUAUAAAUUAAUCCCCAAUGUCUUCAAUUGAUUUAUGUAAAUCAACCAGUAUUCUACAACCACCAGAAUUCAAAAAAAAAAACAAAAAAAAAAAAACAUGGACAACAUUUUCUUGGUGUCCUUUUUCAGUUUGCUGAUAGUGGCUCAUGGAAUUGCAGAAAGUAGUAACUUAUACGACGACGUUGGUGUUCUCGGAGAGCUUGAAAGCUUGGACAUUGAAGAAGCAGGUGAUAUCGAACUCCUUGACCUCCCAUGGUUGACGAGUGAAAGAGGCAGUAAGUAUCUCGUCAAUGUGGAUGCUUUUGGUGCAGUUGGAGAUGGUGUUUCCGACGACACUCAGGCAUUCACAAGUGCGUGGAAGCAAGCUUGCACGACGCCAAAUUCAGUUUUCAUGGUUCCGAUGGGACGUCGUUACGUUGUUAAUGCUACGAGAUUCAGAGGGCCCUGUGCUGACAAGUUAGUGAUCCAGAUUGAAGGAACAAUUGUAGCACCAGCUGAGCCCAAAAGUUGGGAUCCGAAAAACCCACGAAUUUGGCUCGAUUUUUCCAAUCUGACGAAGGUUGUUUUCCAAGGAGGUGGAGUGAUUGACGGGUCAGGAAGCAAAUGGUGGGCGGCAUCUUGCAAAACGAACAAGUCAAAUCCUUGCAAAGGAGCACCAACUGCAUUUACUAUAGAUUCAAGCUCAGUUGUGAGGGUGAAAGACCUCACCAUUCAAAACGGCCAGCAGAUGCAUUUCACCAUUUCCCGGUCUGAUUCUGUGCGGGUGAUGCGUGUACAAGUUUCUGCUCCGGGAGACAGUCCCAAUACUGAUGGAAUCCACAUCACUCAAUCAACAAAUGUGGUUGUCCAGGACACCAAAAUAGGAACAGGGGAUGAUUGCAUCUCUAUUGUUAAUGGUAGUUCAAGUAUCAAGAUGAAGACAAUCUAUUGCGGACCUGGUCAUGGAAUCAGCAUAGGAAGCCUUGGGGAGAACAAUUCCACUGGCAUUGUGACAAAGGUGGUCGUGGACACGGCAUUCCUCAGGGAGACUACCAAUGGCCUCAGGAUUAAGACUUGGCAGGGAGGAUCUGGUUAUGUUAAAGCAAUACGUUACCAAAAUGUGAGAAUGGAAGAUGUUUCAAACCCAAUCAUAAUUGAUCAAUUCUACUGUGAUUCCCCGUCAAAUUGUCAAAACCAGACAUCAGCUGUGGAAAUAAGUCAAAUUAUGUACCGGAACAUUACCGGGACUUCUAAGAGCAAAAGGGCUAUGAAAUUUGCAUGCAGUGACUCAGUACCCUGCAACCACAUAGUCCUGAACAACAUCAACCUAAAGACUACCGAUGGCACGGCUGAGACAUACUGCAAUUCGGUCACGGGUUUUGGUUAUGGAUAUGUGCAGCCUUCAGCAGAAUGCUUGACAUCCACCGACAAGGCCUCCAUGAUCGAACAGACAGCUGAGCUUGAAGAACGAAGCAGAGAGGACUUGGUUCAUACUGAACUCUGAUUCUACACAUAGGUGGUCAUUAAUUACUUCAUGAUUGUAUUAAGCUGGAUAAUUAACUCAAGAGUAUACUAGUAUAGUAUUUGAUUAAAUGAGGUCUUAAGUCUCUAAGAUGCAUAAGUCUAAUUUCAAGUUAAAUAACAGGUUUCAUACUUUUAUACACCAAUUACAGUGAACCAAAUUCGGGUAUACAAUAGAGCAGUUGUGUAAUGUACCUAUAAUUUGAAAAAAAAAAAAAAAAAAAAAAGUCAAUUUAUUGACUAUUGAGAUU